AGUCUCAAAGUUUUGCUUGUUUGUCGCCACUGUCAGCAAGCAUUCAGAAACUCUGUGUCUGUGUGCUUCGGCCUUUCUGGUGUACCACUCUGAGCCAAUUCAUCGCCAAAUACCUUACAUCUCUUUUCUGCUACCCUUCGUCUGCGCACAGCAUUUUCAAGUGUUCUCCUCCUUUCUUUUUUUUUUUGGUAGGGAGGGGCCUGAGGAGUGUCGUACUUAUCGUACUUUUUUUUCAUUUGCUUACGUUACUCUCACACACAAGCUGUUUCUCUCCCUGUCCAUUAAGAACACCGAUCCGAUGAUCCGUAGUCUGUGCCGCUACUCUUGCGUUCUGCCGCACCGCGUGGCCAGCGUGUCGUCAGCGUGCGGUGGGAGUACCGUUUCGCGCGGUCGCCUCCUCGCCGUCCCCUCCGCCCGCUGGCCACAGGGCGCUGCAGCCUACCGGUGCAGCGGCAUAUCGCUGGCCGGGCACAACGAUCAGCCCGUCGCCUUGUCGGCUCUCACCAGCUCCACCCGCCGUCUCUCUUAUGUCGUGAACUCGUCGAACUUCGAGACCGAGGUGAUCCAGUCACAGCAGGCUAUCUGCCUUGUGUACUACAUCAACAGUAGCAACUGCGCCGCGUAUCUCAAAUCGGCGGAGAAGCUCGUGGAUGCGGUAAACGCAGAGACCGCCGGGCUGGAGGUCGCAGACGCGACGGUGAGCGCUGCUUCCGCCACAGAAGCCGCAGAAGCUGGCCUCACCAUCGAGACAGAAAGUGGUGUCGCCGUAACAGGACCGAACUCAAGCGAUCCGACGUCGCCCCCCGCACCGCUUGCAAAGAUGCAGUGGUUGAAGCUGUGCACCAUCAACGCGGACGAGAACCGCAACUUGGCCUCCGCCUUCUCGGUCGAGCGCGCGAAGCUGCCCGUGACGUACUUCGUCAUGCAGGGCACGAUCAUCGAUAAAGUGGUCGGCCACGUCGCGGCGGGCCGCCUCGAGAGCAUUUUAGUGAAGUUUCUGGAGCACUACCAGAAGGAGAUGAACGUCGAUUUGCUGGCCCGACACAGCAAAGCCGGCACCGGCGGAAAGCCCGACGCUUCAACUAGCCCGCUGCCCUCAGCGGCCACUGCGGACCUUCUCCGUGGCACCUCCACCACCUACUUGCAGGACAAGAUGAUGAACGCGCUGGUUGGUACGGAUAUGAUCCAACUACCGGAGCAGGCGGAGCAACUUGACGGCAUACGUAGAACCCUGCAAGAGGCUAAGAAGAAGGCGCACGCGGAGUUGCAGGAGCUGUACAAGCAGCUCGGGAUGGACAUCCGGCGGCUGACCGAUGCCGAGAUGCACGCACACUACUUUAACUCGUCGCAGUUCCGCGCACUGGGCGUCAUUGCUGGGUUAGAGGCGCUCUACCUCGCGCGCUCCUACGCGACGCUCGGCGACGUCGCGCGCGCAAACGUGGAUUGGGCUCGCCGUGCCGUGCAGAAGGACUUUGCGCCGAUCCAAGGCGACCCAACGCUGCGUCGGGUCAUGGCGUUGGUGGAGGUGAAUCUUGUUCGAGGGGAGCUGCGUACCGCCGCGACGCUCGCCGCGCAGGAUGCGAACCGUCUCCGCAGCUCUUUGGCCGCCAUGGAUACCGAUGACGUGAUGAAUGCGCAGCACCAUUCGGCGUUACGGGAGAUGGAGAUGUUUAUUGCAGGGCAGAGUCAGUACUGCCUCGACAUGCUGCGCAUCAUGGACGAGCACGUCGACAGUCGCACACUCGACAGCAGCGAUUUCCCUUCUGCGGUGAUGGAUCAACUGUUUGAGAUGCUCAAGACGAACCUGAAACUGAGCCGCACGAAGCUGCCAGUCUCAUCGGCAGCAGCAGCAUCAGCGAAGCAGCAGCAACAAGGCCAGGGUGCGGAGGAUAAAGUUGUAAUGACGGACUUGCUGGAGGGCAAAGAGCUGGACACGACGGCGAAAAGGGUGUUUACAGCGCAGGCGCGUGUGCCGCAGAUCCGCGCUCUCAUUACGUCGCUCGUGCAGCUGUACCCGACAGAUCCGGCGGCGCAGGCGGCGCGGUCGCGUCUGUCGUCGUUACUGUACUAG